CUCCUCUCCUCCCCCAUUCCAACGGAUCACAUUACAGAGAGGCCAUUCCCCCGAUCCCCCACCUCGCCGCCGCCGCCACCGCCCUCCAGCCGCAGGCCUCCCCGUCGUUUCACUUCAUCAACAAUCAAGAUGAGUCGUGGCGGGAGCGCUGGUGGUGGCCAAAGUUCUUUGGGUUACCUUUUUGGGGGCAAUGAGGCCCCUGCCCCUAAGCCAGCUGCUGCACCUGCGCCACUGCCAGCACCUGCAGCUGCACCAGCACCAGCUGCAGCUGUGGCUGCAUCUGCUCCUGCUGAGAAAGCAUCACCUGCAAAGGCUGAUGCAACCAAGCAGAUUCCAGCUGGAAUUCAGGGCAGCCGGAGCAACAACAACUACCACCGAGCUGAUGGGCAGAACACUGGAAACUUUCUCACGGAUCGCCCUUCCACCAAGGUCCAUGCUGCACCUGGUGGUGGCUCUUCCCUGGGCUACCUGUUCGGUGGUAACUGAAGGAGUGAUCUGGUGUCCUGUAGCACCGGAUGAUGAUGGUCUACCGCUAUCCUUGUUAUCAGAAGUGGGAACACCCAUUGUUUUAUGAUUCUAUGCAUGUUCCGUACCGUACCCAUGACUCCCUGGCAAACACCCUGCCUGGGAGCAUCAAUCCUGUCGCUUAAAUUUCGAGGCAAAUCGUAUGCCUGAAUCUUCCAAGUUAUCGUGUGCUCUGUGCCUUCGUUUUG